CCAGUUGCAACAGGAAGUCAUUCUCCAAAUGCUGGGAAGGAUUGCUUUGUUCUUAGUUAUAAUAUAUGUGGUGUUUAAUGCAAUGUUUUUGCGCUGGGCCGUUGAAAAGCAACCGCUUACAUUCGAUGACGAUGAGGAGCACUUUAAUGCAACGUUGGCCAAACUUCUAAAGCCUCGAUUUGUGGGCAGCCAAGGACAUGACGAGGUUCGGGAUUUCAUCGAGAUGGAGCUGAAGCGUUUGCAUUUCACCACUUUGAGGAAUGAAUUCCAGGAGGGAGGAGUAAAUCUUACCAAUUUGGUAGGCUUUUGGAAUAUGGGUGCAAGGUUUUAUCUGAUGCUAACCUGUCACUACGACAGCAAGAGGCCAGAGACAGAGAAUGGGACCACCGACGAGUUCCUUGGAGCCACAGAAAGUGCUGUUUCUUGUGCCAUUCUCCUCAACGUGGCGAAAAAAUUGAAACCACUUUUAAUGGAAAAGUGGUCUAAAAAGAGUGACUUUGGUCUGGCUUUUAUCUUCUUCGAUGGGCACAAUCCUUUGAGCUCAGAUCCCUAUGACGAACAUCAAAUCAUGGGCUCAAGGCACUUUAUAGAUGAGGAAUUUAUACCCUUGGAAAACAUGGCCGUUGCAGUGACGCUUAGCUAUAUUGGAGCGCCAAAUCAAACCUUUCUGAGCUACUUUGAAGUUACCAAUGAUCUGCACAACAUGAUUGCUGACAUCGAAGUGGCUCUUAGAAGAUCCGGACAACUCGACGACUGUCAUUUGUUGUUCGAAAAGAAAACGCACUACGACAACGAUCUGCUUGACGAUCAUAUUUCAUUCGACGAGUUUGAUGUGCCUGUUCUCCAUGUGGGUCCACAGGAAUUUCCGAAUGUGGUUUAUACGACAGCUGAUAAUGCCGAAAAUCUACACUAUCCCACCAUUCGCAAUAUGAUCAAAAUUAUACGCAUCUUUGUGUAUAAUUUCUUUGAAAUGUGGAAAACCUUUGUGAAAUCAAGAGAUACCAUUAAAAUGAAUUAUGAUUUUUAUGAUGACUAA